AUGGCCUCGGACUGUACCAACAAGGCCUGUCGCCUGUGCCGCCUCUCGCACACUGCUUGCGAUGGACGUUGCGUGGCGCUCGGUAAGCCCGAAUUGUGCCAAGAUGUCGAGCCCAAGAAGCGCGGCCGACCCCCGAAGCACUUCCCUGCCUCCACCGAGGGCGGCUGGAGGAUGUCCAAGAAGCAGAAGACCGAAGUGCCGCCUCUGCCGUCAACGACUGCUGUGUCGAACCCGCCCUCGCCGGACUCAUCGCCCACACACUCUCCGCGCAGCUCCUGCGCCGACCUGGGCAUGCAUACGACUAAGCAGCGCGAGGGCGAUGCGCUGCUGAAGGCGCUGCUCGAGGAGGUGCGCGGCACCAAGCAGGAGCUGAAGAGCGAGAUUUCGGUGUUUUACCAGACCGUGGAGCGCCGACUAGCGCAGACGGAGGAGAAGAUGAACUCGAUCCUCGCGUUGCUGCCAUUCAACGCCGGCGGGUCCUCUGCAUCGCCCGCGCACACCUCCACCUCACCCUCUCCCCAAAUCCUCUCCGCGUCCAUGCGGGCCGACCUCACGCGACAGCUGCCCUUCCUCUCCGACUUCAACAUUGAGUCCACAGCGUGCCAUUCGUGGUCGACGAUCUGA